CUGGCGGUAGUGUACAGGUUUCGACGUCUUCGAUGGUUCCACAGAAAAGACCGACAUGCCUGUGAUGGCCGCUCUUAGGUUUCUCUCUGGUGAUUGCUAUAUUGCAACUUUCGCAAAUUUUUAUUCGCAUAGUUUACUAUGAUAGGAGCUUCCAAUGUAUCCCCGACUCUUGUUGAAAUUUUGCGAACGAUCGUUAUACCGAAUUUCGAGCGGCGUUAGAUUGAACGUCAGAAGAUUAGGUCAUGUUGCGAAUAGGGAUGAGAAAGAACGAGAGGCAGAACCUGUCUCUAUGAAAUUUCCCGAUUAUAAAGUGAUCUACGUAUUUCCUUUUGUCAAACAUGUGUCUGGUAUAAAUGGUGUGAAACGCCGAUUUACUAUGUUCGCCGCAAUAGCCACUCCUGUGAUCUUUGGACUUCACCUGGCCAGUAUUUUGCCCAUCGACAUAACUGUUGUGUCGAUAACAACUGGAGUUUUUACAACAAUGUGGAUGCAUUCUCUUGGAAUUUUCUGUAACAACCUUGUAGGAUAUAUAUACUUAAAAUUGGAUGAAGGAAAAGUGAUUCUAUCUUAUAUUGACUAUUGGGGAAAAAGGAUAGAUUUGCAGACUUCUAUCAACGAGAUUAUUCCUAUGUCAGACAAUCCGAUCAGUAUCACUGAUGCUCUAUACAGAAAAAUAAUGCUCUCCUCACGAGAGGGGUAUUUAAAGAUAAAUUUAAAGUUGGGACGAAUAACCGAUGUUGAAAAUUUUAAAUGCAUUCUAGGAACGCCUUAAUGAUUUUAUAAAACUUAUAAAGUAUUUCCAUAAAAAGUUAUUAAGUUUCAAAAGUUUAUUUAUACAUUAUUUAUAGAACCUAUCUUACUUAUAACCAUCUGAAGUGUGCAUAAGCCCGAUUAUCUUGGCAUUUUUUGUGUAACUCUAGCUUUGUCUUCACUGCAUGACCCUGAAACAUUAAAUAUCAUUGUAACGCAUUGCUAAAAAUUUCCAAAUUGCAAGAACUUUCUUGUAUAUUUUGAAUUGCAAGCUUUUAAACAGUUUGUAUAUUGUGAUAUAGUAAUAAUUAUACAUUUUUAUUGCAAAAUAUAUGCAAAUUAUAAACCUGA